CUCCUCUGGGGCAGCUCCUCUGGGCUGCUGGUUGAGUCAGCCUUAGUCCCUCUCUGCUCUGCUCCCCAAGUUCAGCUCUGAAACUCAGCUGCCAGGAGUUCAGGAGAGCCCAGGUCACCCUGCGAAGGUUCUGAUCCAUACUGGACUCCUACAGGUCGCCACAUGUGCCCCAGCUGAUGGGGCACCGUCCCAGCUGAUGCCCCAGAGGGGACACCCAUUUCAGGAGAGGCUCUGGGCCCUGCCCAGCUGCCUCAUGGCGCACGGGCCACAACCUGAGGCUGAUGCACUCUUGGACCUCAGCUUCCUGACAGAGGAGGAGCAGGAGGCCAUUGCUGAUGUCCUGAAGAGAGAUGCCCGCCUUCGCCAGUUGGAGGAGGGCCGCGUCAGCAAGCUCCGGGCCUCGCUGGCAGACCCUGGGCAGCUGAAGAUCCUGACAGGAGACUGGUUCCAGGAAGCCCGCUCACAACGGCACCACCAUGCCCACCUUGGCUCUGAUCUUGUCCGAGCCUCUAUCCGCAGAAAGAAGAGCUCCAUGGGAGACCAGGCUCCAGGCAGCGAUGGGGAGGCUGAAGCUGCCGAGAAAGAAGCUGAAGAGGAGCCAGAGCCCAGGCUCAUCAUGGACAAGGCACCCCAAGAGACGCUCAGCAAGGCUGAGAAACCUGAUUCCCCUUCACCAUAUGUCCCCCUAAAGUCUUCAGAUCAUGAGGAAGAACCCCAGGCCCAGGAAGGGCUUCCCGCUGGACUGGAGCCUGAAUCCGCAGGUCACGGGAGUGGCAAACCAGUCCCUCCAAAUCUGCUUAGGGGCGGGCAGGAGAGGGCCACGCUCAGUAGCUCAUGCCCCACCCCAGCCCCGGACUCCGGGGCCCCGCAGGUCAACACGGAGGAGGCGGAGCCGGAGCCGGAGCCACGGCCGCGGGGAGCCGAGUCGCCUCCACCCCCAGCCCAGACCCAGACGGCGCCCGAGAUCUUGCAGAACGGGGAGGAGGCUCCCGGCCCCGGCCCCUCCCUCGACCGCAUGCUCAGCAGCAGCUCCUCCGUGUCCAGCCUCAACUCCUCCACGCUGAGUGGCAGCCAGCUGAGCCUGUCGGGGGAGGCCGAGGCGGGCGCGGUGCAGGUGCGCGGCUCCGUGCACUUCGGGCUGCGCUACGAGCCCGGCACCGCCGAGCUGCGCGUGCACGUGAUCCAGUGCCAGGGCCUGGCGGCCGCGCGACGCCACCGCUCCGAUCCCUACGUCAAAAGCUACCUCCUCCCGGAUAAGCAGAGCAAGCGCAAGACGGCGGUGAAGAAACGGAAUCUGAACCCGGUCUUCAACGAGACUCUGAGGUACUCCGUCUCGCAGGCCGAGCUCCGGGGCCGCGUGCUGAGCCUGUCCGUGUGGCACCGCGAGAGCCUGGGUCGCAACAUCUUUCUAGGCGAAGUCGAAGUGCCUCUCGACACGUGGGACUGGGACUCUGAGCCCACCUGGCUCCCUUUGCAGCCCCGGGUUCUGCACUCUCCCGACGACCUCCCCAGCCGCGGGCUGCUCUCCCUUUCCCUCAAGUACGUCCCCGCCGGCUCCGAGGGCGCGGGACUGCCCCCCAGCGGGGAGCUGCACUUCUGGGUGAAGGAAGCUCAGGACCUCGUGCCGCUGCGCUCAGGAACCCUGGAUACCUACGUACAGUGUUCAGUGCUGCCCGAUGACAGCCACGCCAGCCGCCAACGGACAAGGGUGGUACGACGCAGCCUCAGCCCUGUGUUCAACCAUACGAUGGUUUACGAUGGCUUCAGGCCUGCUGACCUGCACCAGGCCUGUGCUGAGCUCUCCCUCUGGGACCAUGGGACCCUGACCAGCCGCCAGCUGGGGGGCAUACGCCUCAGCCUGGGCACUGGCAGCAGCUAUGGGCUCCGGGUACCCUGGAUGGAUUCCACAGAGGAGGAGAAGCAGCUGUGGCAGAUGCUUCUGCAGCGACCAUGUGAGUGGGUGGAUGGCCUUCUGCCCCUCAGAACCGACCUGGUGCCCAGGACAUAGCUGCCCUACAAGCUCCACCAGACUCCCCUCUGGACCCCCAUCUCUGGGCCUGCCCUUGGCCAAAACCAAUAAAGUCUAUUCUAAGGGCA